UCAGAGUCACCGGCCGGACGCCGCCACCGGCAAGGCUUCGCGCGACGACUCCAUCCCUUCCUUCCCUUUGUACCUCCCUCCGUCCUUCUGUCACUCUCUUCUGAAAUCAGCGCUCCAAUCAAACAGAGCCGCACUGUCGCUCGUCCAAUCCGCCGCCCGAGUGUGUCGCGUUAUCAGACCGUCCCAUCGGCUGCCGCUGCCAACCGCGUUAGCGGCCGCUGAGGCAGAGGCGAAGCGAAGCUCCUCGCCGCUGCAGUCGUCUCGUCUGCUUUCUGAGGCGACCACUGUCGGCGACCGGCCGGCGGCGGCCAGGACUGCGGCGUCCGGCGUCUGCAGUGCCAUGACGGCCGGGCACUUGUUGGCGAGCUGACCGCUGACCGCUGACCGAGCGCGGUCCCAGAGGAGCCACCCCAAGAGCGCACACGGUCGGAGGGAUGGACCAGGACGAGGACGGCGCGGCGGUGGCCGCGGUGCGGGGCGCGCCGGCCGGCGGGGGCCGGCAGCCCGGCAAAGAAGACGCCGCGAAUAGCUCGAGCCAGCGGCAGCAGCGGCGCCGCCCGUCCGGGCACGACCUGCAAGAAGAUCGUCCCUGCGCUUGCAAUGAUGACCUGCAUGACGACGACGACCCCGGUGCGGCGACUAGCCCCGGAGGCGGGACAGGGGGCGACGGCGAGCGCGUCGUGCGCGGCGACCGCCGUCAGCUGAUUGGCCGCAGCGGGCGCGACACCCCGCGCGACGCCCGCGACGAGCGGCCCCAGUCGGGCGGCGGCGGCAGCGGCCAACAGGCUGUUGGCUCGGCCGGCGCGCUCAGCUGUCAUAUCGGCGCCGACGAUGACGCCAGUGGGUGCGGGAGCGAACGCGAACGCGAGCGCGGCGGUGGCGACGCGGCGCCCUACCGGCUGACUCGGGCCCAGGGCAACCUCAUCAACGCCAUCGAGGCCCGGCUCGGCGACCACAUCUACGACGUGUUCCCGCUCUACCUGCGCGCCGUGGGCAUCGGCGUCCAGAUGGGGCGCUCCGUCGAGGACACGCGCGCCCUCAUGGCGCGGCACCUUCGCGCCAACGGGGUGGCGCCGGAGGAGGCGGGUGCAGCCUGGGAGAUCAUCCAGUCGCCGCUGGGCGGGCGGGGCGUGGUGGCCACGAGGGACCUGCAGCCCGGCGACCUGGUGCUGGUGGACCCGCCGCUCACCCUGGGCCCGCGCGCGUCCAGCGACCUCAACACUCCGGCGGUGUGCGUCGGCUGCUUGCAGUCCCGCGCGCCCGCCCAGCUCCGCGCCUGCCCCCGGGGCUGCAGGCUGCCCGUCUGCGUGAGCAGGCGGGGCUGUGAGGACGCGGACGGCCACCAGGGCGAGUGCGCGCUGCUGCGGCACUGGGGCGUCAAGGGGGACGCGGGCCAGUGGUCCGAGACCCUGCUGCGCGGCUCGGCUGCCGUGCGGUGCCUCGCGCUGCCACCCGAGCAGCGGGAGAUCAUGGCCUCCAUGCAGAGCCACCACGGCCGCCAGCAUUCCUUCGAGGUUGGACUCGUGUUGGAGAGCGUGAAGGACUCGCCGAAGCCGGAGGAGGAGCGCUUCAUGCGCCUAGCGUGCUGCGUGAUGGACGCCAACGCCUUCAGGAUGACGUUGCCGGCCGCCAAGGACGCCGACCGGGACGCCGCGCAGGACGCCGCCCCUACUGAGGCGUGGGGGCCGGGCCAGGGCGCGCUGCGGGGGCUGUACCCGCUGGGCGCGCUGCUCAACCACGAGUGCACGCCCAACACGAGGCACUCGUACGACUCGCGCGGCCGCAUGGUGAUCCGGGCGGCCAGGCCGGUAGCCCGCGGCGAGGAGCUCACCGUCACCUACUCAGCCCUGCUCUGGGGCUCGCCCGCGCGCCGCCAGCACCUGCUGCGCACCAAGCACUUCCUGUGCACCUGCGCCCGCUGCAAGGACCCCACGGAAGGGGGCACGUUCCUGGCCGCGCUGCCCUGCCCGUCGCGGGGGCGCGGCGCCGACUGCUGCCAAGGCCCGGUGCUGCCCGCGUCGCCUCUGUCGCUGACGGGGCCCUGGCGCUGUUGGGGCUGCGGCCUGGACGUGCCCGCCGACCGCGCCACCAUGCUGCAGUCGGUGCUGGGCGGGCUGCUGCAGACGCUGUACCUCGACCCCGCGCUGCCGCCGCAGCCGGACGCCAUCCUCCGCUUCCUGGAGGACAACCGGCACCUCCUGCCCGCCUCCAACCACAUCACGGUCGAGCUGAAGGCCGACGUGGUGUGGGCGCUGGGCCGGCGGCCUGGUGCGGCCUUUUCAG